UUCAAAGUUUUGCCACAUGAUGUGCGUAUAGAGAAACAAUCGUGAGUUUGUGAUCAGCCAGCCUACAUGAUCUGGACCACCAUGCUUCAACAAAAAAAAAAAUGAUCUGGACCACCUUUCAGGUUACCAACCUAUUUUAUCACCCCGUUCCAAUAGUUUCUUCUUUGAAAAGGGAAGAACGCGGCGCUACACGUAUCAAAGUGUCUUUUCCCUUGUAAAGGAGGAGCAUAACAGAAACGCACAAGUUCCCAACAGGAAAUAAAGAAAAACGGAGACAAAGAUUUUAUACACCGAGUGAUCGACAGGAAGAGUGUGCCCUAAUAACUCCAGUUUCUUCUUCCUAAUUUAUCUUAGAAAUUAAGAAGAUACCCAACGUUUAGAAUCUGUUUUUAAAAACCAGGCGAUUCUUUGUUUGUUCAGAUGGGUUUCCCAGGACACUUCAAAUUACAGUAUUGACGCUGAGGGAGCUGUAGCCAUCCUAUUUUCCUUUGUUGAUCAGCUUGUGCCACAAGAUUUUGGAAAUAAAUAUAAGAAAAAUGCAAAAGGAUCAGAGUUCCAGUACUCCAUCAACUCCUUCUGCUGGGAGAGUACGACAGCGUAGACGCUCACAAGAGGCUCCUUUCGAGACAAGUAAAGUAAAUGGGGGUAAUUUACUUGUCAAUGAUCAAAACAAAUACAAGUCGAUGUUGAUUCGUGCAUAUUCAUCUCUGUGGAUGAUUGGAGGGUUUGCGCUUAUUAUCUACAUGGGUCAUCUCUAUAUUUGGGCCAUGGUUGUUGUGAUCCAAAUCUUUAUGGCGAAGGAGCUAUUCAGUCUACUCAGGAAAGCUCAUGAAGAUAGUCACCUUCCUGGGUUUUGGCUAUUAAACUGGCAUUUUUUCUUCAUGGCAGUGCUGUUUGUAUACGGUCGCAUCCUCAGUCAGCAGCUUGUCAACACUGUGACAUCUGAUAAAGUUUUGUACCAGCUUGUGAGCGGUCUCAUUAAAUAUCAAAUGGCCAUCUGUUAUUUCUUAUACAUAAUUGGAUUUAUGUGGUUCAUUCUUACGUUGAAGAAGAAGAUGUACAAGUAUCAGUUUGGCCAGUAUGCAUGGACACAUAUGAUUCUAAUUGUUGUGUUCACUCAGUCCGCUUUCACUGUUGCAAGUAUUUUUGAAGGAAUUUUCUGGUUUCUUUUGCCAGUGUCACUUGUUGCCAUCAAUGAUAUUGCUGCCUACUUCUUUGGUUUUUUCUUCGGGAAAACACCCUUGAUCAAGUUGUCUCCGAAGAAAACUUGGGAGGGUUUCAUUGGAGCGUCUGUUACGACCAUGCUAUCUGCAUUUAUGUUGGCAAAUGUUAUGGGACGUUACCAAUGGCUUACAUGUCCUAGGGAGGAUUUAUCAACUGGUUGGCUUUACUGUGACCCUGGCUACCUAUAUAAACCCGAGAUUUUUUCUUUGGCAGGAUGGCUUCCUGAAUGGUUUCCAUGGAAAGAGGUGUCGGUUUUGCCUGUACAAUGGCAUGCGCUAUGUCUUGGGCUAUUUGCCUCAAUCAUAGCACCUUUUGGAGGCUUUUUUGCCAGUGGUUUCAAAAGAGCUUUUAAACUCAAGGAUUUUGGUGAUAGUAUCCCUGGACAUGGUGGUAUUACUGAUAGGAUGGAUUGCCAGAUGGUAAUGGCUGUGUUUGUAUAUAUCUAUCACCAAUCCUUUGUCAUACCCCAGAGUUACUCCGUUGAGGUUAUCUUGGAUCAGAUAUUGAGAAAUCUUAGUUAUGAGGAGCAACGGGCAUUAUAUACGAAGCUAGGACAGAUCUUCCUUGAGAGGCGAUUUGGUUGAUGGCAAGAAGCGCACGACCAAUUUCCUAUCAUGUAAACCACAUCUUUCUUUAUUUCUUUAAAUGAAAAUGUUGUUUACAUGGUGUUGCAUUUUCUUUGUUCUAAACCCAAUUAAAGAUUGUAGGCAUGUAAAAAUUAAUUGAUUGGGGAAUCGUUGUAAUGUUUGAUACCCAACAUUCUUUACACAGGGCUUUUAGUGUUAUUUGGAUUUGUAAUUUCGUUUCAUUGUUACUCUAAUUCUUCUGACAUAAAUAAUUUUUUCUUCAAGAGAAUAUAGCGAGAGAUUUUCUACCAC